AUGGCCAAGGACGUCUUCUCAGUCCCCGUCUUCCUCGUCGUCUUCCGAGAGACGCUGGAGACGGUCAUCAUCGUUUCCGUCCUGCUCGCCUUUCUGAAGCAGACGCUCGACGGCCCCAAUGCCGACCGCAAAGUCUACAAGAAACUGCGAGCGCAGAUCUGGGUCGGCGUCGCAACUGGCUUCCUGCUAUGUAUGAUCAUCGCCGCUGCCCUCAUCGGCGUCUUCUACACCGUCGGCAGAAACACCUGGGACAAGAGCGAGCAGUACUAUGAAGGCGCCUUUUCCCUCGUCGCCUCCAUCAUCAUCACCAUCAUGGGCGCUGCGCUGCUCCGCAUCGGUAAGAUGCAGGACAAGUGGCGCGUCAAGCUCGCCAAGGCCAUUGAGUCGCCCAUCAAGUUCAAGUCGAACCGCGGAUGGUUUGCCCAGGCCAUGGAAAAGUACGCCAUGUUUUUCCUGCCCUUCAUCACCGUCUUGCGUGAAGGUAUCGAGGCAGUCGUGUUUAUCGCUGGUGUGACUUUCUCGGCUCCGGCGUACGCUGUGCCUCUUCCCGUUGUCAUUGGUCUCCUUGUCGGCUCAUCGGCCAAGUUGCAAUACUUCCUUGUCGCGUCUACUUGCUUGCUGUACCUCGUUGGUGCCGGUCUGUUCUCGCGUGCCGUUUGGUCCCUUGAACAAGGAAAGUGGAACAAGGCUGUCGGCAGCGACGCCUCCGAGCUUGGCUCUGGCCCUGGAUCAUACGACAUUGCCAAGACUGUGUGGCACGUUAACUGCUGCAACCCCAACGUUCCCAACAACGGCGGCUGGGGCAUCUUCCAGGCCAUCCUCGGCUGGACCAACUCUGCCACCUAUGGUUCCGUCAUUUCAUACAACCUCUACUGGAUCUUCGUCAUGGCCUCGUUUAUUCUCAUUAGGUUCCACGAGACCAAGGGACGAUGGCCCUUCCAGAAGGCCAAGCCUGCCGUGCCCUUGGACACAGAGGCCCGCAGUGGAAGUGAAAGCAACGAUGGCGUUGUUGAGUCCAAGAACGUGUCGGAAAAGACGACAGCUGUUAACUAA